AUGGAGGAUAUCACACCAACAAAACCUUGGCUUUUCAAUCUGCGCUCAUCCAAACAACUCAUCGGCCUUGCUGUCUUCUCAACCACGUUUACUGAUGGAUUCCUUUACGGGAUCAUCGUAUCUGUGCUCCCUUUCUCCCUAACCGUUCGGUCCGGAGUACCAGAAGCCGACGUCCCGUUCUGGACAUCAAUAUCUCUAGCCGUCUUCGGACUCGCAAUGGUCCUCGGUGCCCCAAUGGCAGGCUGGAUCGUUGGAAAAUGCGAAAGACGCCAAAUACCAUUCCUAGGAGGCCUCACCUGUGCGUUCGGUGCCACCCUUUCAUUCAUGCUUGGAGUUGAGCCGUGGAUGAUCAUCGUGGCAAGGAUUUUCCAGGGUCUAUCUGCGAGCGUUGUCUACACUGCCGGCUUAACGCUGUUGGUGGAUACGAUCGAGUCGCACGAGCUGGGACCCUGGAUUGGCUUCGGCCUCUCGGGCAUGAAUUUCGGCGUGCUCGUAUCACCUACGCUUGGAGGAAUCGUAUAUGAAAAAUCAGGGUUCUAUCCUGUCUUCAUCAUGGGUCUUGGCGUCGUUCUCAUCAAUUUGAUUCUGAUUUUGUUUAUGAUUGACAGAAAAACCGCUGAAAAGUAUAGAGGGCAGAACGGCUCUACUGAGCAUUCUUCCCUUCCAAAUGGGAACCCGACAAAAAGUGCCAUUUCGAAUGGAAAACGGCGACUAUCGACUGUUGAAGAUGGAGAUUCAACUAUCACAACACCGCUUCUCUCACACUGUCGUGAUACUUCUUCCGCGGUUGUGAAUGAUCCUUCUUGGUGGAGUAUUGUCGGAGGCUUUCUUAGAAAUCCUCGUAUACUUGCUGCGUUAUAUGGAUGUCUCAUCAACACGAUCUUGGUGAGUGCCAUGGACGCCGUCCUCCCGACUUUUAUCAAGCAGAAUUUCCACUGGUUUUCCGGUGCUACUGGGGCCAUGUUUUUAAACAUAACCAUUCCAUCAUUUCUUGGUCCAUUUGUUGGAAUGAUCUCAGACAAAUACGGCGUCCAAUUGGUCUCGACUUUCGGUUUUACGGUGGGAGCUUUAGCAGUCGCUCUCCUCGCUCUGAUACGACACGACGAUACCUUAAAUAAGGUCAUGGCGUGCAUACUAUUAGCUUGUGUUGGGAUAGGACUGAAUACAUCGCUGACCCCGUUGGUUACGGAGAUACCUCGCAUCGUCAAUGUCCUUCAAGAGGAACAACCUGAUAUAUAUGGUGAUAAGAGUGCAGUUACUGAGGCUUAUAUGCUUCUUGAUGCAGCUUUUGGCGCCGGCACUGUGCUCGGCCCAUUGCUUUCCGAGCUCGCGUAUGAGACUUUAGGAUGGACUGGAUGCACUGUCAUGUUAGCAUUUCUGACUGCGUCGGCCAUAGUUCCAGUGGUGGUCCAUUUAGCCCCAAACCCGAAAGGCCCGUAA